GUCAGGAUUGAUGACAUCAGCUAAUAUCACGCAUGCGCGCAGUACACAAAAGGCCUCAGGUUACGAAAGCAGGUUAAAAAUGAGAAGGAAUUUGUCUACGGGAACGCAAUACGCCAGUUUUGCUGUCUCUGUCCAGAUAAUUCAGAAGUGGAGCAAGGGAUUCAAUCAACCAUUAUUCCUGCUCAGACUGUGGGAAUGGAUUCACUUGGUCAUCUCAACUGAAGGUACAUCAUCAAGUUCAUACUAGGACAAGGUAAUUCAUCUGUUCUGUGUGUGAGAAAUGAUUCAGUCAAUCAUCCACCUAUGGACACAACAGUCAGUUCACACCGGGCAGAGGCUGGUCGUCUGCUGAAUUUCAGGGAAAAGAUUCACUCGGUCAUCUGAUGUAAUGGCACACCAGCGAGUUCACACUGGGGAGUGGCCAUUCACCUGCUCAGACUGUGGGAAAGGAUUCACUCAGUCAUCUCAAUUACUGACACACCAGCGAGUUCACAAUGGGGAGAAGCCAUUCACCUGCUCAGUCUGUGAGAAGAGAUUCACUCACUCUUCCACCCUACAGAGACACCAUCGAGUUCACACUGGGGAGAAGCUAUUUGCCUGCUCAGUCUGUGGGAAAAAAUUCACUGAUUCAUCCACCCUACAGGGUCACCAGCGAGUUCACACUGGGGAGAAGCCGUUCACCUGCUCAGUCUGCAGGAAGGGAUUCACACAUUCAUCCCACCUACGGAGUCAUCAGCGAGUUCACACUGGAGAGAAGCCGUUCACCUGCUCAGAAUGUGGGCAGGGAUUCACACUGUCAUCUACCCUACAGAAUCAUCAGCGAGUUCACACUGGGGAGAAGCCGUUCACCUGCUCAGAAUGUGGGAAGGGAUUCACUCAGUCAUCCAACCUCCAGAGACACCAGUCAGUUCACACUGGGGAGAGGCCGUUCACCUGUUCAGUCUGUGGGAAGAGAUUCACUCACUCAUCCACCCUACAGAGUCAUCAGCGAGUUCACACUGGAGAGAGGCCGUUCACCUGCUCAGAAUGUGGGAAGGGAUUCACUCAGUCAUCCCAUCUACAGAAACACCAGCGAGUUCACACUGGGGAGAAGCCGUUCCCCUGCUCAGUCUGUGGGAAGGGAUUCACUCUGUCAUCCCAACUGCUGGCACACCAGUCAGUUCACACUGGUGAGUGGCCGUUCACCUGCUCAGAAUGUGGGAAAGGAUUCACUCUGUCAUCCCAACUACUGGCACACCAGUCUGUUCACAGUGGCGAGUGGCAGUUCACCUGCUCAGAGUGUGGGAAGGGAUUCACUCGGUCAUCCCAACUACUGGCGCACCAGUCUGUUCACACCGGGGAGAGACGGUUCACCUGCUCAGUCUGUGAGAAGAGAUUCACUCAGUCAUCACACCUACUGAGUCAUCAGCGAGUUCACACUGGGGAGAGGCCAUUCAUCUGCUCAGACUGUGGGAAGAGAUUCACUUACUCUUACACCCUUCAGAGACACCAGCGAGUUCACACUGGGGAGAAGCUGUUCACCUGCUCAGAAUGUGGGAAGGGAUUCACUCAGUCAUCCAACCUACAGAGUCACCAGCGAGUUCACACAGGGGAGAGGCCGUUCACCUGUUUAGUCUGUGAGCAGAGAUUCACUCACUCAUCCAGCCUACAGAGACAUCAGCAAGUUCACACUGGGGAGAAGCCAUUCACCUGCUCAGAAUGUGGGAAAGGAUUCACUCGGUCAUCCAACCUACGGAGUCACCAGCGAGUUCACACCGGGGAGAAGCCGUUCACCUGCUCAGAAUGUGGGAAAGGAUUCACUCAGUCAUCUCAACUACUGGCACACCAGUCUGUUCACAGUGGAGAGUGGCCAUUGGAACCGGCAUCAAACCAACGGGCCGAGUUGUCUCCUCCUACCUCUCAGCGAUACAACAGACUCCGGCCGCGGGAGAUGCUUCACAAAUGCCCCCGACUUCCCGCGGAGGGAAAUGGAAAUAAAUCGGAUAUUUACUUUGAGAUUUCUUCCGCAUUGACGGGGAGAGCAGGCGGCCGCGGUGACAGAUUCAGCGGGGUUCACACCAUGGAACGGCUGUUCACCUGCUCGGACUGUGGGAAGGGAUUCACUAAAUCUUCUCACCUACUGAGACACCAGUCAGUUCACACUGGAGAGAGGCCGUUCACCUGCACAGACUGUGGGAAGAGAUUCACUUCGUCAUCUCAACUGAAGGUACAUCAGCAAGUUCACACUGGAGAGAAGCCUUUCAUCUGCUCAGACUGCGGAAAGGGAUUCUCUUUGUCAUCUCAGUUACUGAGACACCAGUCAGUUCAUACUGGAGAGUGGCCAUUCACCUGCUCAGACUGUGGGAAGGGAUUCAGUAAAUCUUCUCACCUACUGAGGCAUCAGUCAGUUCACACUGGGGUGAGGCCGUUCACCUGCUCAGACUGUGGGAAGGGAUUCACUUCGUCAUCUCAACUGAAAGUGCAUCAGCAAGUUCACACUGGAGAGAGGCCGUUCACCUGCUCGGACUGUGGGAAGGGAUUCACUUGCUCAUCUAAACUGAAGGUACAUCAGAGAGUUCACACUGGAGAGAGGCCAUUCACCUGCUCAGACUGUGGGAAGGGAUUCACACAGUUAGCUAGCCUACAAACACACCAGUCAGUUCAUACUGGGGAGAAGCCAUUCACCUGCUCAGACUGUGGGAAGGGAUUCACUCGGUCAUCUCAACUGAAGGUACAUCAGCGAGAUCACACUGGAGAGAGGCCAUUCACCUGCUCAGUCUGUGGGAAGGGUUUCACUGAAUCAUCUCAACUGAAGGUACACCAGCGAGUUCACACUGGAGAGAGGCCGUUCACCUGCUCAGAUUGUGGGAAGGGAUUCACUCGGUCAUCUCAACUGAAGGUACAUCAGCGUGUUCACACUGGAGAGAGGCCAUUCACCUGCUUGGACUGUGGGAAGGGUUUCACUGAAUCAUGUCAACUGAAGGUACAUCAGCGAGUUCACACUGGGGAGUGGCCAUUCACCUGCUUGGACUGUGGGAAGGGAUUCACUUGCUCAUCUAAACUGAAAGUGCAUCAGCGGGUUCAUACUGGGGAGAGGCCAUUCACCUGCACUGUCUGUGGGAAGGGAUUCAUUUCGUCAUCUCAUCUGAAGGUACAUCAGCGAGUGCACACUGGGGAGAGGCCAUUCACCUGCUCAGAGUGUGGGAAGGGAUUCACACAGUUAGCUAGCCUACAAGCACACCAGUCAGUUCACACCGGGGAGAGGCCGUUCACCUGCCCAGACUGUGGGAAGGGAUUCACUCGGUCAUCUCGUCUACUGACACACCAGUCAGUUCACACUGGGGAGAGGCCAUUCUCCUGCUCAGUGUGUGGGAAAGGAUUCACACGAUUAUCUCAACUACAGCGACACCAGCGAGUUCACACUGGGUAGAGGCCGAUCACCUGCUUUGACUUUGGGAAGUGAUUCUUUCAGCCAAAUCUACCAAGUGUGCAUCAUUGUGUUCACAAUGGGGACAGGCCGUUCUCCUGCUGUGAAUGUGGUAAGCGAUUAACUCAGUAAUCUAACCUUAUGUAACUCUAGGGGGUGAUAGUCCCCCCAGCCCGGCCAAACUUAAGAAUUCUCGUUUGGGUGGAUCCUGUGUGAUGUGUUCCCUGUUAUAAAUUAGUACCCUGAGAUACCAAACAGUAUACAAUAUCUGAUUAAAUAAUAAAGCUUCAUAAUUCUUACUUUAACUAAAGGGUUAGUAAAGAAAACAUACAUGAAAAAGAAAAAGGACCCACUCUCUCCAUUCACAUCUUCUCAUCUCUCCCCAGCAAAAGACACGAAAUCCCUCUUUCACACUCACAACAUUUCUCUCAUUGGAUAGCCCCGCACUCCAAAACCCUGUUAUCUCUACUUGUAACCUAAACAUUGCUGUUACAGAGAAUUCAUUACCUCAGCAGGGAAACAUUACAGAGAGGCCAUUACAUGAGCAGUGAAACCUUACAGCAUGUUACACUUGUGACACACUACCAGGUUCACACUGGGGAGAAAGUUUCAAUAAGCUGCAUACUGGAUAUUUGUCCAUCACAGUUGCUGAAUGCUAUUUUGAGACUGACCGUUCGUGCAGAACUCUGCAAUUAUUUCUGCUGCUCACCACACCCAGUUCUUCACCCUAGUCAUGGGUGGAGUUUCUUCUGCUGCAUAUUCACCUUUAAUGGGACUGGAGUUUAAUAUUCUGUAUCUGAGAAAAUUAGAUCAGUUCUAUUUUAAACUCUCUGUCUGGUGCUUAGUGAAUUUAUAACACAUCUAGUGUACAGUGAUGAGUCAACUCUGGCCGCUGGACCCUGCCAGUGAUUCUGUUCCACAACAGUGCUUUUAACCCCUCCCCUGUUUUUCCUCUAUCACUCUCUCUGUGGGUGAAGAGAUUUCCCUUGAAUUUCCUGCAGACUGAAGAAGUCAAGUUGACUGCUCUUCUGGUGAGAUGUUCUUUGCCCCUCAAAUCUCUGGGCUGAGGAAGAAUGACAUUGGUAGUUAAUCUCCCCAUUCAGGGCUCAUUUCCACAUUAUGGGUCAUUUUCCCUGCUUCUAAAGGGUUGAUAGAAAACACCACUGUCCUGAAGACUGAAAGCAGAAUGGGAAACCAUUAGUUGGCUGUUCAACGGAGCAGGGUCAGAAACCAGAGGCGUGUCUGCAGAGGGCAGAGUUUGGGGCUCUGGACAAUGGUCAGGGUGAGAGCGUAUGAUGAUGAGGAGGAGGGGAUCAGCAGUGGGGCGUGGCAGCGAAUGACAGAGUAGCAACAUUUGGAAGCAAAUUGACAGUGAAAAUAAUUUGGUUGUCUAACUGGUGACACAAACAAUACCUGUGGUGAGGUGCUCCACUGAUCGAGGAACACGAAUGUGUUGGGAAUGGUUUUAUCUAUUGGUGGGGUUGUUCCUGCUUGUUUAUCCUGUAAUAUUAUAUCUGGAUUGUUAUUGUGGAUUGUGCUAUCUGAAAUAAUCUAUUGAUUGUCAUAAAAUUUGUCAGAUUUUGACUCUGAAAGUGGAUCAGGCUUGAAUUUACGGCACCUCUGUAAGUGAUGGAGGGCAUUCAUGAGUUUGUAUUUUAAAGCAAGAUUUUGGUGAAUGAUAUUUGCCACUGAUUGUACCUGCAUCCGUAAUCAGAUUGCGUUAAACUGCUGCAGGGUCCUGGAAUGUGUUGAAUUGUGUCUGGUUUCUCUUGGCAUUUUCUGCUCUUGCUGCCUUGUUUGUUUAUAUUCCAUGUAUUUUUGAUUUUUGUUUAUUUCCUUUUGUUAACCACCUUGUCCUGUAUUUCUGCAAGGAACCCCUCUGUUUUUGCAAAGAGGUCUCCAACUCUCAAUAAGGUGCUUGAUGCUUCCUUGUCAACAUCUCGUCGGUUCUGAUUGUUGGGAUGUCUCUCAUGGAGGAUCAUACUCAUUCCACUGGUUACUGUUUUCUUCCAUAGUGACUAUUCAUUUUUCUGAGUUGCCUCUCAUUUAAAUUUUCUUGUCUGUAUUUCUUAUCACGAUUGCAUAUACACACACAGAGUGCUGAAUCCUAUUCAUUUUUGAUGAAAAUAUAUAUGAGGGGUGAUUGAUAUGUUCGUGGCCUCAGGUAGGAGGAGUCAAUUUUAGAAAACCUAGUACAGUUAUUUUUCAGUGUAGUCCCAUCCUACAUUUACACACAGCCCAGCAGUGGCAUGCAAACGUUUGGGCACCCCUGGUCAAAAUUUCUGUUACUGUGAAUAGCUAACAAGUAAAAGAUGACCUGAUUUCCAAAAGGCAUAAAGUUAAAGAUGACACAUUUAAAAAAAAUAUUUUAAGCAAGAUUACAUUUUUAUUUCCAUCUUUUACAGUUUCAAAAUAACAAAAAAAAGAAAAGGGCCCAAAGCAAAAGUUUGGUGCCCUGCAUUGUCAGUACUUAUUAACAUCCUCUUGUUAAAUGCUUCUGUAGCCAGCCUAGAGUCUUUCAUUUGGGUAAAUUGCUGGGUUGUUAUAAAUAGCAAAGUACUGACUCUGGGAAUUACAAAUCAGAAUAUGCCCUUCCAGUCAAUGCUAACCUGUUUUUGUUGUUACUGCCUAGUUCCAACUAUCUGCACCAGAGCCUCCAUACACCUCCCAUCCAUGUCAUCAACAAAAUUUAUCUUUAUUGUGUAAAUCAAACCCACAUCCUCCACUUCUGCUGGCAGCUAAUUCAAUACUCUCACCAACCUCUGAGUGAAGAAUUCCCCUUCAGAUUCCCCUAAAAUAAUUCGCUUUCAUCCUGAACUUGUGUCCAAUGUCAGGGUGAAAGGGAGGCCGGGGCAGAGAGGGAAGACAGUAAGGGGAGGGGGUGGUCGAAUGUGGAGACGGAAACAGAGUGGAGGGUUUAUACUCAGUAUCUUUCAGAAAAAGUAAUUGUUUGAACUUGCUGCAAACCUACUAUCCAUGCCCUGUACAUUCUCAACCAAAUUAUUGACCUAGAUGACAAGUAGCAAUGUUUGAUGUUCAAAGUAAAUUUUAUUAUCAGAAUACAUAUAUGUCACCACAUACAACCCUGAGAUUGUUUUUCCUACAGGAACACUUAGCAAAUCUAUAGAAUAGUAACAGGAUCAAUGAAAGAUCAAGUAGAGCACAGAUUUCAACAAACUGUGCAAAUGCAAAUAUAAUUAAAUAUCAAUGAACAAUGAGAGCAAUGGGGUGUAACCCUGGGGAACCUCACUAGGCCCGGGCCUCGAGUCCAAUAAAAAGCCUCCCACCAUCACUCUCUGAUUCGUACCAUCAAGACAACUGUGCAUCCCGUUAGCCAGUUUCCCUGGAUCCCAUGUGACCUAACUUUCCACAGUAACUUACCAUGCUGAACAUUAUCAAAGGCCUCACUGAUGCCUGUAUAGGCCAUGAUCCUGGGACAGAGGUGUCACAGAUCAGAGAGCAUAGAUUUACUCAGAGGAUGGAGAGGUUUAGAGAGAUUUUUCACAGAGUAUAGCUCAAAUCUUGAACACACUGCCCGAGGUGGUGGUGGAGGCAGAUCCCUUCACAACAUUUACGAAGUGGAUGAGCAUUGAAACUGCUGAGGUACAGUCGGCUCUGAAUGAUGUGCUGAUAAAUGGGACCAGUGUAGACAGUGAGUAGGUGGUCAGAUCAGGUAUGGCCGGCCAAAGGCCUCUUUCCAUGCUGUGUGAUCCACCACUCUGGACAUGCCAAAUUAACAAUGGUGGCACUGUAAGACGUUGAUUUCAAAACUCCACAGCCCUCGCCAACCUGAAAUAAACCAGACUCGUCACCACUGGGAAUAUCUGUUUCUGUCAAGGUAACAUACAAAUUAGUCACCUCUGAUAAACAACUGGCAAUUGAUGAAGUUCCUGUGUUUUCUUCCAUUAAUAUUGCUUCCUUACAGCAAAACUAACCCUCUCACUGUGUCAGAAUUGAUGACUAAAUCCGGCCCCAAACACUGUGCUUUCAUCCCUUCACAUUGUAACUUGAACCAUCUCACUGAGGGUUCAAGUGAGAUGGAGACACAACCCCUGCCCUCUGCACAUGUGAUCACAUCUCCCCUGCUUCUGACAUUUCAAAUACCCGCAGAAUGGUUAUCUGAUCCAGUCUGAAGGUUGUAGUACAUUCAGCUUGUCGUCAGACCAUGGCCUGCUGUGAGGUAUAAAUGUUCUUACAGUGAAUUCGAAUCUGCUGACAUAUCGGGAGUCUGAAAGUGAAAGGGAAUCGGGAAGGGACACAAACUCCCCCUACCCAAUCUGCAUUCACAGCCCAUGACGGUGACAGAUGUCCUAGACUCUGGGGCUCUGUAACACACAAUCUUGUGAACAGCAAGCUUAGACGGUCAUUAAUAUGAAGAGAGAAUUGUUGUUUCCUGAAAGGACACUGGAGCUAAUCUAUCUGAUCCAAUUCACCAGAUCCAAUUUACAACUAAAUUUGUCUCGGGACCAUCCUCCCCGGAUCACGGAAUGUCCAAUCAUCUCAUUUUCUCCUGACAGAACCCAACCCGCCUACAACAGGACACCCACAUUCCACUCAUAAACUCUACGCACACACACAGACAGAUCCCCUUCACCCCAAACUCCUUGCAGAACCACAAGGAAUUGAUCCCACAGCUUGGGCUCCGUCGCAAAAGUUCAAACCAGGGCUGAGGAGAGGCCGGAGCCUCCAUCCACCCGGCAGAGCUCAUGCCCGGCCAUUCCUCACUGCACCCGGCCCCCGAUUUACAUAAACUCGAGAUGAGCCACUCCUCACCGCCGCCCGGACUGUCCCACAUUUGCAACACUUGUCGAGAGCGAGCUUGCGCGUCUCCCGUUGGUCCAGUCGCUAGCCAGAGGUCCCUACAGCGCCGCCACUGGCCGGAGGCCGGAGGGACAGCGCUGAACUCCCCAUCAACCCCAUCUAGCCGGCUCCGGGCGAAACGUAAUGACCAACAAAUAUAAUUCCUGUCAACGAUCAGCUGUCUGAGUGAUUCGAUGACUGAGAGGAAGGAGUACCUAUGGUCCACAUUGUCAGGGUGAUUUACAAGGAGACAAAGACUGCAGGGAUUGGAGGUCUCCUGUUAGCUAUUACACAGUGUACCCUGGUUCGCAUUAAUUACAAAAAAAGUUGUUUGUGGAAAAAAAACAAGAUUCUGCACUGACUGAAGCCAUCCCAAACCAGAUCAGUCUGGAAAGUCCUGCCCUGAAACAUUUCACACGCAAGAGAAGUUUGCAGAUGCUGGAAAUCCAAGGGACACCCACAAAAUACCGGAGGAACUCAGCAGGCUGGGCAGCACCUACGGAAGAUAGUACAGUGGACGUUUCGGGCGGAGACCCUUCGGCAGGAUGCUGCCCGGACCGCUGAGUUCCUCCAGCAUUUUGCGUGUGUUGCCCAGAUACAUUUGCGGUUUUGUGACCCAGCUCGAGACAAGCACAACACUGCCCACUCCACCAACAACACGGCAGAGCCGGACAUAGGACUACAGGGGAUUCAGUCAUAAAACCCUAAUUUAAUUCUGUUGUUGCAAAUCGUACGAAACAAUAAUAAAUAGAAACAACAGCUGGAUUCAUAAAAGGGACCUUACAUCACACAACAGGGGAUUUAGUCACGAAACCCUAAUUUAAUUUAAUGUUGUUCCACAUCGUACGAAACAAAAGGUGUUUUAAAAUAGAAGCGCUCUCCCUCACGUGACUUCACACAGCAGCUCCCACGCGGCUGACGUCACCCAUGGUCUCCUCGUAUCUGCAUCUGCCGUAAAGGAUAGUAAAAGCUUCUUUAGGUAUGUGAAUAGCAAAAAAAAAUUAAGACCAAAAUUGGGCCAUUGAAGACAGAAACUGGUGAAUUUAUUAUGCGGAUCAAGGAAAUGGCAGAUGAGUUGAACAGGUACUUUGUGUCUUCACUCGGGAAGACACAAACAAUCUCCCAGAUGUAAUAGUGGCCAAAAGAACUAGGGUAAAGGAUGAACUGAUGGAAAUUUAUAUUAGGCAAGAAACGGUGGUGACUAUUGAAUCUGA